AACCUCAUUCUGUGAUUGUCAAAAUCAGCCGCAGUUUUUGCCCAUUUUUGGGAAAACGCAAUGUUGGUUUUAUUUGUGUUUUCCGCUGGAAAUGACCGAAAAAAUCUACCCUGAUCCCCUCUGCUGUUGCGAAUACAUUGACCGGAACAAUGAGCGCAACCACAUUCUAGCCUGUUGCUGCAAUUGUGUGGAUUUGGACGCCGCUGCCGACAGACUCUUCCGGUGCCAGAGUGUGACUCAUCUGCAGAGAAGCAACAUGCUGCUGACCCUGCAGGAUCGUAUCCGUGCCCCGUGGUUUGGGGGAGCAAAGAAAGUUGCAACAGUGGAUGUUCUGCCCAUCAUUGUCCUUCCGGCAAUGCUGUACACGGCUGCUAUUAGUCUUUACUGCUGCCUGGUGAUCUUCUUCACCAUGCUGGGCUUUCUCACGUACAUGUACUUUCACCUGAGAUGCACUUCUCCCAGGUCUAAAUUCUUUUUCCUGUGGGCAGUAUGGUCAAUCUUGUUCCUGUUUAUUCUCUUUGAGUCCACAGUACCGAUGCUUGAAUUGCUGCCGGAGGAAAAUGUUGCCUUCCUGCUACUUUUGUCCAUCUCUGUGUUUUUUCUCUAUAAAACUAAACAUUUCUCACAGAGCUGCCAGGCCAUCAGCUACGUUAACCAUGAGGCAGCUGAGGAAGAUUCAGCCGUGCUCCUGAUUCAAGAUGAGCUCAAUGAGUCAGAUACGAGUGUUUGUCAAUUGUGCCGGAAGCGUGUCCCCCUGAGGACCUUCCAUUGCAUCCCAUGCCAGACGUGCGUUGUGCGUCAGGAUCAUCACAACGUGUGGCUGGAUUGCUGUAUUGGGGCGUCCAAUCAUCGAUACUACCUCCUGGGAUGCAUCUUUGGGCUCAUUACGCUUCUCUUCGGCUCCAACUUGUCCCUCACGUCCAUCUGCCAUCCGUUCCUCAUCGCCAACGUCGUGGGGGUGCACGUCCUUAUGCCAGACGACUGUAGCGAUGUCUUUGAUCAGUACGACAUCGCUGUGUGCUUCGUUGGCUCCGUCUAUGCCCUCGCAAUGGCCGGAUGUGUCAUCUUCGUCCUCCUGCAGCAAAUCUUCUUCAUCUCCCGCGGCGUAACGGGCACAGAAUGGCGUCGUGGGGAAUUUGUUCCACAAAGGCGAAACUGCUGGGGCAACUGGAGGAACUUUCUCUGUUCCUCCUACAAAUAGGAGAAGAUUCGCGGGUGCAAUACCAAAAGGAACUUUACCACGAGAUUACGCUUGGCUCUUGAAGAGUUUUCCCCGGAGAGGCAUUCAUGCGUGGGAGGAGGAAAAAGUGCGCUUUGCAUUAGAAAAGGUAGGCUCAAAUUUAAAUUCUACUUCCCCAUUCUCCCCUAUAAAAGCCCCCCCCCCCCCUAAUGUCCUCUCAAAGCAAAUUAUUCAAAAAGUAGUAGACAGUAGAGAGAGACUUUGCUUUAAAGGACUUUAUAAAUUAUUUCUCAAUUUUUUAUCGAUUUCUGCGAGAAAGAGUUGAGAGAAUUUUUUACGGUGAGAAUUGAAUGUAUAAAAAAGUGGCCUAAAUUAUUGAAUUCAAAGUAGAUUAAAUUGAACCAUUUUUUGGGGUUUAUUGCACAAAAAUGACGCUCAUUGAAAUGCUUAAGGGGGGUCUCUUGGGCAAAUUGCUCGAAUUGACAUAUUUUUAAUCUUUUCGAGCUUGGUUUUCCGAUGUUGGUUACGUUUGAAGCCUAAUUUUCGAAUCUUGUGAUUUUCCGACUUUUCCACAGAACUGUCCUAAAACACAAAGGUAGGUUUUUCUCAGGAUCUACUGGAUGGAUUUUAAUGGGGUAAAAAGCAAAUGAAAGAGAAAGCAUCAACGAAGAAUGUACCGGAAAGGAUUUUUGAAUUUCGACUUUCAAGCUGAGAAAAGUAGAAAGAUAUUCUUAUGCACUUUUCUUAGGUUCUGAAUGGAAAUUAAAUAAAUCCUUUCCGGUACAUUCUUCGUUGAUGCUUUUUCUUUCAUUUGCUUUUUACCCCAUGAAAAUCCAUCCAGUAGAUCCUGGCCAACACCGGAAAACCCAGUUUAAGAAAAACCCCAAGAAAAAUAAAAAAAUUAAUUUCAUCAGCUCUCAAAAGAGACCCCCUUUAAGAUUAGUUUUUUAACCGAUUUUAACUCUGGAUUAACUUUUUCUUUUGUUUUACGAACUUAGUUUUCAGACUUUGCUCAAAAUCUUUUACCGCAAAACCAUUUAAAGAAUUUAACCGUAAUUAGAAUGAAAUGUUUCACAAGUUCAUGCAAAAAUAUGCUUUAGCUUUUAAGCUAAAAUUGUAAUUUAUUUUAAUUGCACAUAAAGCAAUUUGAUAGCACAAAGAAUUCAUUUGAUGUCAUUUUAAGAAAUCAAAUUAAUUGACUAAUUAUUGCUCAAUUACGUUAAAUCUCGUGUAAUAUAAAUGGCCUUUUGAACUAAUUUUCCAACGAAUCUAAUUAAAUUACAAAAUAUUGAUAAAUAUGGUUCGAACUUUCGAUAAAUCUAACCAACUUUUAAACUCUCAAUAAAUCUGAAAUUAUUUAAUUCUGAGUUAAAUAAAAAAAAAAUAACUGCAAAAGUAUAAAUUUAUGCGAUUUUUGGUUGGAAAAUUAAUCAAAAUUUUAAUUUGCGUCAUUUCCUAAAUCCACCCACUAUACUAUCUUAGUUCAAGAAAUGAAAAAAAAGAAUUAAAGAUAAAUUAUUGGGAGAGACAAAUAAAGUUCCUUGAGGAACUAAAAGUCCUUAAAAUUUACCAAAAAUCACGUGAUUAUAGGGCCGAUUCUGUCAAAAAACUUUUCUUAAAAAAUAAAAUUUAUAAGAUUUUGACAGUUGAUUUUUUUUAAAUGUUUUAUUGUCGUUUUUUAAAAGAAAAAAAGAAAGGAUUCGUUGGUCCAGAAAACAGUCAGAAAGAUUUUUAAAGAUCCCUGGAAUAGGAAUCUUCUUCUAAAAAUACGAUUAAAAAAUUAUUUAAACUGCCAAAAUCUUAUUAAUAAAUUGUAAGAAGAAAAAUUAAAGUAUUCUAGACAGAAUCGACCCCUAUGUUUAAAAUUUUAUCAAUUUUCAAGUCCAAAGAACUUUUUUCUUAAAUUCUUUUUAAAUUUAAAAUGAUUUUCCAUUUUAUUUUAUUGAUUUUCAUGAUUUUAAUUAUAUUUUGUACAAAAGUUUUAAACGUCAAUUCUAUUAUAAAUCAGUUAUAGAUAAACUAAACAUAAUAUUGCACCAAUUUUGAUCUCAAUAGAGAGGACCUUCAUGCUAAAAUAAAGAAUAAAACACGUCCUUAAUAGAAAGUAUUGUAAAAAUAUUUUAUUAAUCAUUAGAAUUAUAAAAAAAAAGAAAAUCUUACUUCAUGUCCACAAUUUCAAUUCCUGAAAAGCCUAAACUUUCCUUAGAAACAAAGUAAUAAAUAAAUAAUAAUAAACCACGCCAUUGCAAUAGGAUUUAGUAGUCGAUUUAGUACAUAAAGUUUAAUGCAUUUUACAUGAUUUUAAAUUAAAAAUCUUGAAGAAAAAAAAA